AUGGAGCUGGUGGCAGCUUGGAAGCUUGCGGUUUGUGGAUGGAGUUGGGGCUUGCCUGGGAAGCUUUGCAGAGUUGUGCUUGCAUUGGCGGAGGAGGGUCAUGACUCGUCGGUUGAGCUCGCAACUCGCAAGUCGGUGGCACGACAAUCAACAAAUUCUACGAUGGCCCAUUAUACUGGUGGAAAGAAGCACGCGCUGCUGGAUGACAAAGGAAAAAGUAGGACGAACGAAAACCUAGAAAAAGCAAAUGUGAAGCCGAAGAUCGAGAAGAGAACCGCAGAGAGGUCAGGAGAUUUCCUUGAAAAUGGCCGGAGUCGAAGAGAGGAAAAUGGACGGAGACAUCGUUCGACGUCCGCUGGAGUUCGUCAUCUGGAGAAGCACAGACAGCAGUCUAGUGAAAAACCUUUUUUGCGAACGUCGGUCUCCCCUUCCCCGCCGAAGAUUCGCGCUCGAAGAAGACGGCUAGAGAGUGAAGAGGUUCCGAAGAUGAAGGAUGGGGGUUAUGGUGAGACAGGUGAGGGUUCUAAGGGUGGGGUUGAUGGUACAGGGAAUGAAGAACAAAAGCAUCUUUGUGAGAAUGUUGGAGAUGGGGCUAAAGGGUCUCAUGAUGAAGAUAUUCCGAAGUGGAGGGUUGGGGAUUCCGGUAAUGAAGAAGAAGAUAUAUUUCUGAGAAUGUUGGAGAUGGGGAUAAGAGAGAGGGUGACCGUAUGUCGAAGAGGAAGGAUGAGGGGUUCUGAUAAGGUAGGAGAGGGUUCUAAUGACGGAGUUGAUGGCGAAGGGAAUGGAGAAGAGCAAGAGGGUGAAGAUAUCCUGAAGAUGAAGAAGAGGAAGGACAGAGAUUCUGAGAAGAUAGGAGAAGAUGUUGUGAAGAGCAAGAAGAGGAAGGGUGCAGCUGUUAAACCAAUGCACCUCUCCAUCACCGCAGUGCACCUGCAACGAUUGCUGAUGUGGGAGAAACUGCAAGUUACCAAGGAGGCAGAACAGGAAGUGGUCAGUGGAGGAGCUCUGCACAAUGGAGUGCAGCAGUUUGGUGUCGGGUCUUGGAAGGAAAUCCUCAGAUCCCGGGGCCAGAGCUUCAACAAUAGGACCGAGGUUGAUUUCAGAGACAAGUGGAGGAACAUGAAUAGAUGGAAGCCAAUGGCGGCUUCUAUCUUCAGAAAUGCUGAACAGAUUAUCCUCCCUGUGAAAUUUGCCAUUUCAAGAAGGUUCUGUCUUGCUUCUCGCCUUUCUCUAGAGCUCCAUGGAUUAUUCAGCUUGGACUCCCUCGUUUCAGCUGUAAUCAUGGCGGUAACCUCCUGUGCAUCUAUCCCCAGCUGCCGUUCGAUUCAUUGCAAGGUGAUGGGUUCAUCAGUCAUCAGUUGGUCUCUGCUUAAGAUGGUGCAAGUGGAUUGCUCAAGGCAAUCCCAAUUCCGAAUUUGCUCCUGGAACUCCAUAAUUGCUGUUCAUGUUCAAACUGGACAGCCAGAGGAAGGAAUUGGGUCUCGACCGAAGCUAACUCUAGCUACUGGAUUAUUGAGAUUGAAUUCCAAACUUGGUUCAUUGGUCGCUUCACAGAAGGUUUUCAGUCAUAUUAGAAAUCCUGAUUCCAUAGCAUGGAUGCUCGCAAGCUAUGGAGUUCAUGGGAAAGGGAAGGAAGCCGUGGAAACUUUCCAGCUGAUGCUAACAGGUGAUGUAGCUCUUGAUCAUGCCACUUUCACCCACUUGUUGAAAGCUUGCAGCCAUUCAGGGCCUCCGACAGAAGGUAAGGGCUACUUGGAGGUUAUGGCAUUGAUCUAUGGUGAGUGCCAAUCAAUGAAUGCCUCCGGUUAUCACCAAGAACCUCAGGGGAUGUGGUGA